GCCCGCCGCUGUGCCGGGGUGAGCAGUGCUCAGGCGCCGCGCAGGGCCGCCCGCCCGCCGCGAUCCGCCGGGCCGGUGUCAUUGCCGAAGGGGACGAUGUCUCACUGCAGCCGCGCCGCCGCCCGCCUCCUGGGCCGCUUCCUCCGCCUGCAACAGAAUGGAGUACGACACUGCUCCUACACAGCAUCAAGGAAAAAUCUGUAUGUUAACAAAAAUACAAAGGUUAUCUGCCAGGGUUUUACAGGCAAACAGGGCACCUUUCACAGCCAGCAGGCAUUGGACUAUGGCACCAAUCUAGUUGGAGGAAUUUCUCCAGGGAAAGGGGGAAAAACUCAUCUGGGUCUGCCUGUGUUUAAUUCUGUGAAGGAGGCUAAAGAACAAACUGGUGCUUCUGCCACUGUUAUAUAUGUACCUCCUCCCUUUGCUGCUGCUGCAAUCAAUGAAGCGAUCGAUGCAGAAAUGCCCUUAGUUGUAUGCAUUACUGAAGGUAUUCCCCAGCAGGACAUGGUUCGGGUUAAACACAGACUGCUUCGGCAAGAUAAGACUCGACUAGUGGGCCCAAACUGCCCAGGAGUCAUCAAUCCUGGAGAAUGUAAAAUUGGUAUCAUGCCUGGUCACAUUCACAAGAAGGGAAGAAUUGGUAUUGUGUCAAGAUCUGGAACUCUGACAUAUGAAGCUGUUCAUCAGACAACGCAAGUUGGAUUGGGGCAGUCUUUCUGUGUUGGGAUUGGAGGUGAUCCCUUCAAUGGAACUAAUUUUAUUGACUGCCUUGAUGUCUUCUUGAAGGAUCCUCAUACAGAGGGGAUCAUAUUGAUUGGGGAAAUUGGAGGAAAUGCUGAAGAAGAUGCAGCAGCAUUCUUGAAAGAAAAUAAUGCUGGUCCAAAUGCCAAGCCAGUGGUGUCCUUCAUAGCUGGUCUGACUGCUCCUCCAGGCAGGCGGAUGGGUCAUGCUGGAGCAAUCAUUGCUGGAGGAAAGGGUGGAGCUAAAGAGAAGAUAGCUGCUCUUCAGAGCGCUGGUGUGGUCGUCAGCAUGUCUCCUGCUCAGCUAGGUAGCACCAUCUACAAGGUUCGUUGCUUGGAAAUUGGUAUACAUGCUCAUCCAGAGCCAGAAGCUACUUCUGAGGGAAUAUGGGUUGGGAGCGUGUCUCUUAUCCAAAUAUACUGUUGCUCUGAACAUGGUUAAAUGUAAGAACUCUAU